CCGAGUAACUGGUGAUUGUUUACAUUACUAGUUGGUUUUCUUGCUUUCAUUGUGCGACACUGUGGCUAACUUUAGACUAAACUGCUGACAGACCAUGUGAUUGCGCCCCUGUCGAGUCUGUCCUUCAGUCUGUGGGUUUAACUGUUUGUCUUGGCCCUGCAGUUGGACUAUAAGGUUGAGUGCACUUGGCAGAAGAAGAGUAAGCUGACAAGUUUUUCAGGGAGCCCUGAUGUCUGUGUGUGUGAAGCUGUAGUUGCAGGAUCACUGUGAAUCAAAAGAGCUCCUCCCACUUUCUAAUUAUGGAUCAAUAAUAAAUUACCCCAGCGACCUUCGCCAGAGCAAAGAGAUGUCAUCAAAGUGCUCCGUGGAUCCCUGCAGUUAUGGCCAGGAUGCAGCAGAGACCAGACUGGAGAAGAAGCGAGGCCAAGAAAAGGAGGAAACAGAAGUUCCCUGUGGAAGCAGCCGGCCUGCAGGAAGUCUGAGGAAGGAGGGACCAGGAAGAGGACAGACACUGCCACCACAGACACAGACUUGGAAAGAGAGACAGACAUCUUCCCAAUCGUCUGUCACCCAGGAGAGCCAAAGUGGAGGUCCAUGUAUAAUGGCACAACCCGUCCAGAGGUCCAAGUUAAAGGACUUGUCAGGCAGGCAGAUAGAGGAGCCGAGGGGGCCUGGGCCUUUUUACUUUUUUGGAGGAACCAACGGAGCUAAAAUAGUGAGCAAUUACUGUGAGAGCAGAGGAUGGAAGAGGAUUUACAACAAGGACAGGGAGGAUUUCAAUCUCAAGUGGUGCGAGACCAAAUCACCAGCCCAGUACUCUAACUUCAGAGAAGGCAGGCAGUUGAUGUACCAGAUUCCCAAUAACAAGGUGCUCACCACGAAGAUCGGUCUCCUCAGCAGUCUCCAACAGUACGAGCGAGUGAGCAGCAGAGUCAGCCAUGGUCAAGCACUUAGGAGGCUGAAAAUGGAAGAGUUCAUACCCACUACUUUGCGCAUGGAUGUGAGGGAAGAGAGAGAGGCUUUCUUUGCCCAACAGGAGGGUGUGAGCAACAGUGAGAGCCGCAUGUGGAUCUGUAAGCCUACGGGUAUGAACCAGGGAAGAGGGAUCUUCCUUUUGAAAAGCAAGGAGGACAUAGCUGCCUUCAGACUGAAGCUGAAGCACAUGGAGGACCGCCGGUUCAACAGGAAAAUGCAUUACCGCCAGCCUCAGGCUUACAUCGUUCAACAUUACAUCCAGAACCCGCUGCUGCUGAAAGGGAAAAAGUUUGACGUGCGCUCCUACCUUCUCAUCGCAUGCACUGCACCUUAUGUGGUCUUUUUCCGUCAUGGUUACGUGCGACUGACUUGUGACCUCUAUGACCCCACCUCCAAGAACCUUUCUGCCCACCUGACCAACCAGUACAUGCAGAAGAAGAACCCUCUUUACAGCCAACUGAAGGAAGACACUGUGUGGUCCAUGGAGAGCUUCAACGCCUACGUCAACGACAGGUUUCAGGCUGCAAAGGAUCUGCCCAGGGACUGGGUGCUGGGCGCCUUUGCAAAGCGCAUGCAGCAGAUCAUGAGCCAGUGCUUCUUAGCAGUCAAGUCUAAGUUAGACUGCCGCCUGGGGUUCUUUGACUUGAUCGGCUGUGACUUCUUGGUCGAUGAAGACUUCAAAGUGUGGCUGCUGGAGAUGAACUGCAAUCCAGCUCUCCAUACGAACUGUGAGGUGCUAAAGGAGGUGAUACCCAGCGUGGUUGUGGAGACACUUGAUUUGACUCUGGAGAUCUUCAGGAAGAUUCGUGGCAGGCAGAAAAUUUUUCCUUUGGUCAGUCAGAGGGAGUUUGUGCAUCUCUAUAGUGCUUUUUCCACUACAGAGAAGUCUAGCACGGAAUUGCCGAAAAACACCAAAGAUGUACAGAAAACUGAACCCAGAAGGUUUAUGUGUGGAACAGAGGAAAAAAGUGUUCCCUCGGCAUCCCCUGAUAAU